AUGGGGAGCGAGGCCACGACAUUCAUUGUUGAUGUUUCGCCCUCAAUGGUUGGAUUAGGGUAUGUUGAGCAAGCAACGGCGUAUAUUGAAUACACAUUGUUCUUGAAAUCUAAGAAGCAGAGGAAAACAGAUUGGGUCAACUGCUUCUUGGCCAACUGCCCGUACUCCCGCAACAAUCAUGAAACUGCCAAUGUCUUUGAAUUAAUGCCUUUCACGGCUCCUAUAGGAGCACACAAAGUGAUUGAAAUACUUAAAGAGCUAAAGAGUCUGGUUACCAGAAGCGCCCCAGGAAAGCAUAACAUCAAUUCGAUGGUUCAAUGCCUGUUAGUUAGCUCUGUAAGCAUGCGUGACGAGUUCAAAAAACGCAAAGUUCGCAAGAGAAUCAUUGUCUUUACUGAUAACCUCGAUGGCCUCGAUUUGACAGAAGAAGAGCUAGCUACCCUGGAGCAGGAGCUCGACUGCAGUAUCGUGCUGGUUACCUGCGGCUUAAAGGUUGAAGAAAGGAAGACGUCUGAGAUACCAAUCUGGGAAAAGUGCAUACAGAAAAUUUCGGGGUCUAUGGAAGUCUCAAUGACAGCACUUUUGCAAGAGAUCUCUACGCAUAGGCCCGCAGUAGUAAAGCCAGUACGCAUUUUCCAGGGAGAGCUUAGGUUAGGGGCUCCAAUAUCAGACGAAGAUGUUACAGGGCCAAGCUACGACUCAAUUACGGUCAAAGUUGAAGGGUAUCCUGCAACUAAAGCAGUUUCAAGUCUCAAUAGGCGCGUUGUGGCGAAAUCCGAGGAUGGCACCUUUGGCCCUGUCAAAUCCGUGAUCGAGUAUGAGGCCAUUGACGAUGGAGAGGAUUCGGAAGGUGGUGUUGCGAGUGUCUCUAAGGAGUACGUGACCAAGGCCUAUCGUUAUGGUUCGGAUUAUGUCGUCUUGCCCCAAGCUAUUGAGUCUGAAAGAACCUACAAAACAAAGCCGGGCCUUGACUUGCGCGGUUUUGUCGGGAACGAGAGCAUACCUCGUCACUUCCUAAGCUCUGAAUCUACGUUCAUUAUCCCAGCGACCAAAGACGGCACAAGGGCCGACUUUGUGUCCUUUUCCGCUCUUGUUGACUCUAUGAUCAAGCUAAGGAAGUUCGCCAUUGCCCGGUAUGUGCAGAAACUUAACGGUGAGGUCCAAAUGUGCCUGCUUUGCCCAAUUCUGAUACCCAAGAAGCGUAAAGAACCCGGCGAUGACGAGACAUAUACACGCGCCCUAGUUCUAAAUAGGCUCCCUUUCGCAGAAGAUGAGCGGUGUUCCGACUACCCAAGGCUCGCGCAGGCUGCCGCUUCGUCCGACGCCGAGACAGCGGAGAUCGACGCCCUAAUGGGGGAAUUGAUCGACACCAUGGACCUUGGCCCGGGCCCCGACCAAACAUGGUGUUCCACCACGCUUUACCGUUCGUUCGACCCAACGGUUCUCGAACCCACCUUACCACUUCCUCGGCCGACAGAACCACGUGACUCCAGUGUUCAAGAUGCCCUUUGCGUCCCCGCUAUCGGAAUAUACCGCCAGCAGCAAAUUCUGAUCGAAUACAUGCAUCAGCGCAUCGUCCAGGGGUCGGCAGAUUUUGAGGUUCCGGGACUUCCCAAUGACCUCCAGAAGAAGCUUUUUCCCUCCAAUGAGCUAUCGAAAGGCACUUUAUUGAAAUUACAAGAGCUGCUUGCCAUAGAGGUCAACAAUUCCCGAGCAAGCUCCGCGACCCCUAAUGACGAACAGCAGGAUGAGGACGAAUUCCAAGAAAUUCCCUCCCUUGAAAGCUUGCUUGCAAGGGGGAGAACCUAA